GGGAAUUCGAAAUGCAGUUGCAAAACUGGAUACAACUAUGGAUAUCCUGCCUCGCUUUUCCUGCUCGGGGCGUCGAUGCGCAACCCCUCCCGAGGGACAUCGUUGACUGGGCUUCUCUUCGCUGCCCUUCUGAUAGCACGAGCAAACUACCAACCCCAAAUUACGGCAGCGACAACGCAGUGUUCAUGAUCUGCACUGAGACAAUCAUCAACGCAUCUCCGCAGGCCGUCUACAACGCCGUUCUAGACUUCAAGUCCUACGACGUUUGGAACUCCUUCGUGUUCCACGUCGACCUACCUGCCAACGUGACGGUCACGCCUGAGGAUGUCUAUGUCGGCAUGCCAAUGCCCCUUCAUACCUAUGGCGUUCUACCUCUUAUCAACACAACAAGCGACGAGGAGAUGACUGUGCUGGAUGGAUGCGCGACAGACGGGUGCUUGUUGACCGCGUGGAGAUCAGAUGUUGUAGGCACCAAGGCUGAGCAUCCCAGUAUCGUUACUGAUCAGGGGAAUGGAAUGUCGAGGUAUAUAUCGUAUGAGACAUAUUAUGAGGCAAUCCUUACGCCUGGAGUGUGGACCUUAAAGGGACAGCUGCAAGAGCGGUUUCAGCAGCAGGGUUUGGAUCUCAAAGCGUACGUCGAGGCAUUAUGA